UGAACACCAAAAAGAGAAUUGAGCAAUUUAUCAUUUUAUCUAUUUUCCUCUUUCUUUGGUUCUAGGAAUAAAAUGUGUAAUAUGUUUAGUCUUUGACGUGGCCUCGCAAACAACUGACAAUUGUGGCUAAUCAUCAUUCAUUUGCGUUCAAAGGGAGUGGCGGAAAAUCUAUUUAGCUUAUUUUCCCCCUUUUUCUCCAGUUUUGCCGGCCGGCAAACAAGCCAGAGAGAACUGAUGGAGCUUCAUCUCAGUCUCAACUCCCCAAGCCGUGGUAUCCAGUUAUCUUCGAAACCCAAUAGCACUGUAUUGGUUAAAUUCACCUCCAUUAACAGUAUCUCUUUAUCCUUGGAGAAUAAGAUCCGCCGCCGCCGCCGGAGAAAAAUAUCAUCGUCGUCGUCGGUGGUGGCGUUGGAGCAACCCGGAGGGAAGAUGGUGGUGGAGCUGGUGGGGGCUUUCAAUGAGCUGACGGGGAGAAUGAGCCACAGCAGCCUUGUGUCGAGCAGGUUGCUUUUCAAGGUUUUGAAGCUAUCUAUUCCGAUUCUCCACUCUCUCCCACUUCUCCCCGACGGUCGAUCUCCCCUCUCCAAAGCCCUUUCGGUUGCCUUUAUUCUUGCAGAUCUGCAGAUGGAUGCAGAAGUAAUUAGUGCUGGAAUACUGAGGGAAGUGAUAGAGGGAGGUGGCGGAAUAUCCAUAUACCAAUUGAGGGAUCGGAUUGGCAGCACAGGCACAGCUCAUCUUAUACACGAAAGCAUGCGCUUAAAAAACAUAUCUUCAAAAGUUGUGGAUGACGAUGCCCUGGACGAUGAGACUGCAUCGGCCUUGAGGAAGUACUGCCUCACUUACUAUGACGUCAGGGCUAUUAUUCUUGAGUUAGUCCUCAAGCUCGACACUAUUAGGCACCUCCAUUAUCUCCCUAGGUACAAGCAGCAAAUGAUUUCUCUACAUGUUAUUAAGAUAUAUGCCCCACUCGCACAUGCUGUUGGAAUCAACCACUUAUCCCUUGAACUCGAGGAUUUGUCCUUCCAAUAUUUGUUUCCUCAUUCAUACAUUUAUGUGGACACAUGGUUGAGAAGUCACGAGACUGGGAGCAAGCCUCUGAUAGAGAUAUUCAAGGACCAGCUGCUACGAUGCUUGAGAUCCGAUCACUAUCUAACUGAAAUGGUACAAGACAUAUCCGUUGAAGGUCGCUACAAGAGUCGUUACAGUACAAUGAAGAAACUGUUGAGAGAUGGGCGUAAACCUGAGGAAGUGAACGAUGUAUUGGGAUUAAGAGUAAUAUUGAGUCCAAGGCCUGAUAUAGAGCACGUCGAAAAGGCCUGCUACAGAGCACGUGAGAUUAUCCAAUCCAUUUGGAAAGAGAUGCCUGCCAGGUCCAAAGACUAUAUCAUGCAUCCAAAGGCUAACGGAUACAAGAGUUUACACAUGGCUGUUGAUAUCAGUGACAAUGGUGGAACAAGACCAUUGAUGGAGAUACAAAUACGAACAGCGGAGAUGGAUAUGUUGGCAGCCGGUGGAACUGCAUCCCAUGCAUUGUUCAAAGCUGGUCUCACUGAUCCACAAGAGGCAAAGCGGCUUAAGGUGAUUAUGAUGGCGGCAGCAGAACUAGCAGCAGUGCGCCUUAAAGAUUUCCCUUCAAGGACAAAUCAUAAUAAAGGUCAUGCGGAAAUUGAUGAGAGGAACAGAGUGUUCCUUCUGCUGGACAAGAAUGGAGAUGGUAAAAUCAGUAUAGAAGAGCUUAUGGAAGUAAUGGAAGAACUUGGUGCUCAAGGAGAAGAUGCUAGGGAGAUGAUGCAACUCCUUGAUUCAAAUACUGAUGGUUCUCUCAGCUCUGAUGAAUUUGAUUUGUUCCAGAAACAGGUUGAUAUAAUGCGAAAUCUAGAGUUGAGUGACGUCCAAUACAAGACAAUGUUGAAUGAGAAGCUUCAAAUGGAAGAUUGCAAUGGGCUGACUCAAGUACAUAGUGAAGAGCAGCUUCCUCUAAACUAGCUUAUUGUUAAUGAUCAACAAGAUCAAUAUUUUGGUUCAGUUGUAGAGAGAGUCAUUUAGUUGCACAUAGCUUCUCAACUAGUAAGUAAUGUGUGAAUAGGACUCAGACUAGCGUAGAAUCGACUAUCGAUCAGUCACCUGCAAUCCCAUGUAAUGUAAAUACGUACUAGUAGACAUGGAGUAUUUAUCUGGAGGAGUGUGUCAUAUAUGACAUUUAUCUAUAUUUAAGAAUUUCUGAAGUAUUUAUCUAUUUG